AUGCACCUGUCCUGUGGAGGGUUCAAGCGGGAAUAUGGGGCAGAUGAUACGGCAGUAGACCAGCAGGCAGGCCAUGGAUCCUGGGCUGCAGGUACAGUAUAUGCGCGGGGGCUGCAGGAGGCACCAGGCCACAUUGAGGCACGGCGUGUGCGGUACCAGGCUGUCAGCCGGGAGUGGCAUGAAUUCCUGGGGUUUAACCCAGGGGUGCGAAAGCGGGCACGGAACAUGGAAAAGAGCGUUAGCAGAAAGGCUCAAAAACAGCAGCCAUCAUAUGUAACAGUAGAAAUAGAUGACAACAUAGAGCUAUAA